CCGGCCACUUCCUCGCACCGAUGUUCCCGCCAUGGCUUCCAGCCAUGGCUUUCCGUGCCUUGCAGCCUUUGGCGUGGCUUCGAGUCCGUGUCCGUGCAGCGAGUCCAAAGGUUUGGCUGGCGACGGUCCCCAUCCUGCUGAGCCUUCUGUGGGCUUACCUCCGCCGGGCCGCGCGGAGGCAUCUCCUGGCCUCGUCGCUGUGCCUCACCGCGCCGCUGCGUGCGGCCGGGGUGAAAUACGCGACACCGCUGAAGCCGCUGCGGGGCUGGGAUGGCUGGCAGGCCUCCUGCCCCUGCUGCAAACGCCCUUUGGAGAUCGAGUUGCUCUCGACGCCCCCACAGCGCCCGGCAGUGGCUCCAGAGGCGACUGGCAGGUACGCCUUUCUGAUCUGCCUCUGGGGUGCUUCAGCGGAGUACAUGGUGGGCGCCAUGGUCCUGGGUGCCUCGAUCCGGAAGACCGGCUCUAAGCACCACCGCGUGUGCUUGUACACAGACGACGUGCCUCAGGAACACAUCCGGGAGCUGUCCAAGUUGUGGCGGUGUAAGUUGAUUACCCACGUGGAUGCGGUGAUGGAUCAGCUGAGCUUUCCUGACAAGGAGGAACGCUUUGCCAAGGUCUUCACCAAGCUCCGGGGAUUGGGCCUGACGGAGUAUGAGAAAGUCUUGAUGAUGGAUAUCGAUUUGCUGGUCCGUUCCAACAUUGACGACCUGUUCGAGCUGCCGGCGCCCGCGGCGCUACGCAGAGGAAUGAACGAGUGGGGCUUGGCGCAGCAUGGGAAGCCCAUUGAUGGGCGUUCGUUCCUGCUGGGCGAGGACAAGAGCAUGCCACGUUGGUCCUGGGGCCAAGGCACUGGUAUCAAUGCUGGGGUGAUGCUUUGGCAGCCCAACCAGGAUGUCCUGGAUCAAAUGCUUGCAGAGCUUAGUGAACCCAAUCACCCGGAACAUGUGAAGGGCAACGGGCCGGAGCAAGAUUACUUGAGCCGCUAUUGGGCUGAUGCACCCUGGACAUACAUCGGCGCCCAGUACAACUUUCAGUUGCACCAGAUGUUCUUCGCUUUGCACCCCGACAGGGUGCAAUACGCUGAAAGGGCCAACUUGUUGCAGAACCCCGAGAAUAUCAAGAUUGUGCACUACUCGGGGAAGCCAACAGCCAAGCCUUGGCAUCGGGUCUUGGAUGAGACCUGGAAAGAGUUCUGGCCCAGCCGGGCACGGGAUGAGGAGUAUGUGAAGCUUUUCGCCGAGGAAUUCAUGGGCUACUGGCUAUGGGUGAAACGCGACCCCAAGAUCUUCGAGUCACAUGCCAGUGGCUGGGACAUGGCUGGGAUCGAGCUCAACGAGGAUGGGGAAUACCAGCGCCGCACCGGUGAACAAGUGGAAUGGCUGCCGAUCCCUGAGAGCAUCUCGGGUGGCGCAAUGCAGUUGUUGUCCUCGGUGCUGACGGAAUGGUUCGAUCUUUUUCAGUCCUUGGAGACGGAGUUUGGCUUCCAGCCCACCUUGCUCUCCACAUCGGGUCCACGUGUACGCGCGGGUCCCGUGGGUCGGGAGCUACGCCUGAAGAACACCAUGUGGAAGCGUCCGUUCAGGGCAGGCUGGUGGACAGAAGCCGAGAAGACGGAGAAAGGUGGUGAAGCAGCUGCAGGUGCUGGAAGCGAAGGCCUAGUGAAGCUGACGGUAAGUUGCAGCACUUCGUCUGAAGCAAACUUCGUGUCACUGCGGGACUCAACCAGCGUGUAUGAAGAGCAGGGCUUUGACGUCUCGGGGCUUUACAUCAAGCUUGAGGGACAGACGGCUGCCAGAACCUUCUCCUUGGACAACUUGUCUCCUGAUGGUCUUUUGCCUGUGCACCUCUGGGUGGAUAGCGUCCCCGUGGGCGCCAUCGUGCUGAUGGCCAUCGUCAGCGACGGAGAACGAGCGCUGGGCGACGUGCUGCAGGCCCUGGCGCCGCUGGGCGUGCCGCAAGCAGCCCCGCCUCCGAACACGCAGGCCUUAGCCUGUAUUUCGAUGGCCGGGACCGAAGGGCACGACGUGCCUUGUGCCAAUCAUGCCUCCCCUGACGUCGCCUACGCCUCCGUGCUGUUCGACCCCACCGGGUCUUGAAAGCACAGACGUGCUACGAGUGCGGGACGCAAGUCGUCCAUCCGGCCAUCCCAACGACAAGAGAUGGUGAUUGAUGGUGGGUCUCAUUAGUUUCCUGUGGCUUUAUGAUGCACUCAAGGGUGUACAUGGGUGUACCAUAUGCUGCAUAUGCUGUCGUCCUUUUACUUCAGGAGGUUUCGGCCUGCCUUCGCGCUGGGAAAGUCGGGAGCCACUAUCCACCCUGCGUCUUGUAGAGCAGGAGAGCAUGGUGGUAAGAUGCAAAAUGCCCUGAAACGUUGCGAAAACCAGGUGCGUUUGGCUGCAUUUGUUUGAGCAAACCACCGCUGCACAGAGCUAUACUGUAGGGAUCU